AUGUCUAAUCGAACAGAGGCACUGUCCAAGCCUGUGGUAGAGAAAAGCGACCACAAGCAACCAUUAGGCCCAAGAUAUGCGGAUGAAAAGACGACGUUGAAGGCUCUGGAAGAGAUCAAAGCAUCAAUAAAGGGCAUUUCUGUCAGCUUGGAUCCGGAUGAUCUCGAGUCUCAUGGCUACGCUGAAUGGUCAGCCUCCAAUAUCCCAGAGCGUCCAUUCGCCGUCGUCAUGCCCACCACGACAGAAGAGGUUUCAACGAUUGCCAGGAUCUGUACAAAGUACAAGGUGCCCAUGAUUCCGUUUGGCGCAGGAUCCAGUGUUGAGGGUCAUUUCACUGCACCGUUUACUGGCAUCAGCAUCGACCUCUCCAAGAUGAACAAGAUUGUCUCUUUGAACGCAGACGACAUGGAUGUCAUCGUCCAACCGGGCGUGAAUUGGGUGAACUUGAACGACCAGAUUAAAGAAUCAGGGCUGUUCCUACCCUUGGACCCGAGCCCAACAGCUCAUAUCGGAGGCAUGGUUGCAACAAAUUGCAGCGGGACGAAUGCCAUGCGAUAUGGAACUAUGAAAGACUGGGUAGUCAAUGUCACCGUCGUGCUUGCCGACGGUUCGGUUAUCAAAACUCGCCGGCGCCCUCGUAAGACGUCUGCUGGCUAUAAUCUCACCUGCCUUUUUGUCGGAUCUGAAGGAACUUUGGGGAUUAUUACAGAGAUAACUCUAAAACUUGCUGUCAUCCCAUCGUCAUACGGGGUUGCAACGACAACCUUCCCUUCCGUCAAAGAAGCCGCUGCUGCUGCGUCAAAGUUGAUCCGACGAGGAAUUCCACUCGCCGCCCUUGAGCUCAUGGAUGAUGUCCAAAUGCAGGUGAUCAACAAGACGGGUGGCGCAGGUGGGCGGAUGUGGCCUGAGAAAGCGACGCUGUUCAUCAAGUUUUCGGGGAGCACGGAGAGCGCUGUGAGAGACAACAUGGAGCAGGCUCAGGAGAUUUCCAAGGCGUAUGGGGGGGCUGACUUUGAGUUGGCCAAGUCUCAAGAGGAGAUGGAUAGUCUGUGGGCAGCGAGAAAACAGGCACUCUGGGCGAUGCUCGCUUUGCGUGAAGAGGGCACGGAGAUCUGGUCGACAGAUGUUGCCGUUCCGCUAUCACGGAUGGCGGAGAUCAUCGACCAUUCGAAAGAAAACUCUUCAAAACUUGGCCUAUUUUCGAGCGUCAUGGGGCAUGUCGGUGAUGGCAACUUCCACCAGGCAGUUAUGUACGAUCCUCGAAAUGCAAAGCAAACGGCAUCAGUGAAGAAAUGUGUCGACGAUAUGGUCGAUAUGGCGCUUGAGAUGGAUGGGACCGUAUCUGGAGAGCACGGUAUCGGCAUUGGUAAAAAGCACUGCCUAGAGAAAGAGCUGAGUCCUGAUGCAAUUGCUGUUAUGAGAUCACUUAAGCAGACUUUGGAUCCUCAUUGUUUGUUGAACCCUGGCAAAAUCUUUGACAAUUAA